GCGCGAGCCAGCAUAGACUAGCACGCCAGCACAGGCCGCACGGCUAGGCAGGCGGCGGCAGCGUAACGCAGAGAGAGAGAACGGCAAGUAGCGUUCGAGAGCCGACGACCAGAAGCAAGCGGCGGCGGCAUAGCGGCAGCAGCAGCGAGCGCGCAGUGCAAGUGAGCCAGAGCCUGCCACCCUCGCCCACGUACGCGGAGCCGCGGUCGAGCAGUGUGCAAGUGCGUCACGUUAGCGCGGGCCAGCCAGCGUUCGGCGGCCCCACAGCUACGCCCGUCGUUUCGAGCGAGAGGCGCACAAGCGCGAGCGAGAGAGACACGGCGCGCGGCGUCCUCCGAAAGCGAGAGCGCCGCCACCGACAUUUUGUUGUGUAGAAGUGUGAGAGAGAGAGAGAAGAAGAGAGAGAUAGAGCAGCGGCGAAGGCGCGCGCGUGUUGCCCGAGGGAUAGUGUGUGUGCCCAGUGCGGACGAGCGCCCAGGGGCGCGCGUGUCAUCGGCGGAGGCGAGCCCCGAGGGACGCCAGCAGAAGCGGCGGCAGCAGCAGCAGCAGCAGCGGCGUCGGCGACAGAGCAGGAGGCGCGGUGCGGUGUGCUCGUGGUCGGUCGCCGUCGCGAGGACCGGUUUGCCCCGCAGCCAGGUCCAGCGGGCACGGAUGUGGAGAGCCUGCGGCGCAGACUGACUCCCGUCUCGUGCGCGCGCGCUGAGCGUCCCGUGUGUGCGUGAGUGCCCGACGACCUCGGCCCGCAGCUCUCGACUCGGCAUGUCGGAGCACCACCGAGUGGCGGCCGCCGGCUGGCCGCCCCAGCAGGACCAGCAGCAGCAGCGGCCGCCCGACGGCAACGCCUCGUGGUGGCCGUCCAGCAUGUCCGAGCAACAACAGCAGGCCGUGCAGCAGGCGCACCAGCAGGCCGUGGCGGCGGCGCAGCAGCAGGCGGCCGCCGUCGCGGCCCAGCAGCAGCAGCAGCAGCAGCAGGCCGCGCAGAACCUGCACCAGCACAUGCUCAACCAGCAGCAGCAGGCCCAGCAGCAGGCCCAGCAGCAGCUCAACCAGCACCACCAAGACAUCGUCAGGAGCACAGCCGCGGCCACGACGCAGCAGCAGCUUUUCUCCUACAAGAUGGCCUCGAGCUUCCAGAACCCGGCGACCACGGGCGCCACGCAGCAGCAGCACCAGCAGCAACAGCAGCAGCAGCAGCAGCAGCAGCACGCGCAGGCCCAGCAGGCCGCGAGCAGUCCGGUGCCCAAGGGCUACGACUACCGGACCGGCGUGCCGGUCAGCGCGCCCUCGCAGCCCGGGGCUGUGCAGUGGUGGUACCCGGCGCAGGUCAUGCAGGACCAACAGAACAGUAUGCACCAACAGCAGCUGCAGCAGGGCCAGCAUCUCGCUUCCAUCACUACCCAGACGUCCACGCCGCCCAUCAUGUCGCCGGUUAGUUUGUUCGUUAGUAUUCCAGCAGCAGCCGCGCCACGGCGGCCCACCUUUUUUUACGUACUUACACAGAUCCCUGCCUACAUGCGUCUCUCUGCGCACACACGCACGCUCUCUCUGUGUUUGUCGUCUCUCUCGGUGCGUCCGUUCGUCUGUCCACGUGCAAGGUUACUUUCACGUGCGUCCAUUUUGUGUGUCCGUCGUCGCCGUCGCCGUCGCCGUCGCCGUCGUCGUCUCGCUGCCGCGAGAGAGAGAGAGAGAGAGAGAGAGAAAAAAAGAAAGAGAGAGAGAGAGAGCAACGGCUCGCGUGAAAAUCAUGUAAAAAUACCGAGGCGAGUAGUAAACACGCGACGACGACUCGUCGGCGAUCGAUUGUUUACUCCUCCGCGGACAUUUUCUCCACCGCCGACCGAUUGCUUCCUCCUCCCUCUCCUCCUCCUCCGCCUCUUCUUUCUCUUCCUCCUCGGGGUUGUUUUCGCAGGAGGAUCGAUCGAAGAUUUUUCAUCUCCGAAUUUUUAAACGAAUGACCAUGCCUGCGCCCUGGUACGUGCGCGCGCGCAUGUGUGUGUGUAUGUGCGUGUGCGUGUGCGUGUGCGUGUAUGUGCGCGCGAGUCUGGAGCGGCGAGGCUAUAGGUGCAGCGGGGCGGCUAUUGAUUGUGCCUCGCGCGCGCAACGCCGCUCGUGCUACGUCGUCUAUAGCCUCGCCGGCGUUUUCGGGGCAGCGAUUUUUAAGCCCGGUUAUAUUACCCUCCCCCUUCGCUCCCGUCCCGUUCCCCUCGUACGGCUGUGGCCACCCCUCCCUUCCUCCCAGCCCUCCGAAAGUUUUUACGCGUUUUACGUGGAAAUUGCCGUGCUUCGCCGCCUCCUCCUCCUCCUCCUCCUCCUCCUCUUCCUCCUCCUCCUCGUCCUGCUCUCCUCUACACCUUAACUCAACAAUGUUUCUUCGAAUUGAUUUUUUUUUCUCUCGUUCACCAAGUACGCGAAAUAGCCGAGGUUCGGGGACUUUCACAUUUCGAUACGUUUCACAACGACAAGAGCUCGCGCGCGCGAUCUCGGCUUGUGAAACAAAAGCGGCCGAGUUAAUUAGCGCGCGGCGAUCGGUUUCGAUACGAAUCAUCUCGUCGACGAACGUGGAAAAGUCAAGGCUGUGGAAAACGAAUCAGCGGCAGGGGGGGGGGGCGCUUUGUGCUUCUUUUUCGUUCGUUUAUUUCCUCUCUCUCCCGCACGAGUUGGCGAGCGAGGCGUUCUCCACGACAGUGUCAGUGACUCGGCACACGUAAUUGGUCCGUUUUCGAAGGUUACGCUUCCUUGGCAACCGAAAUUGCCGGAUUUUUACGAGCGUUGUCGAUUUUUUUUACCUGUUCUUUCGGUUCGUUUUAUCCUAAA